AAACCACCAAACUGAAGGCUAGGUCAGGCUGAGGGGAUUCGGCUGUAGAGCCGUGGAGGAGGGGAGGCGGAGGGGGCGCUGGGGCUCUCGCUUCCUCCAGCCCAGCCCUCCCUCCCAGUCAGCCCGCGACAACCCGCACCAGCCACCCGGCCUCACAGAAGCUGGACUUCGUGGACACCAUGCAGUGGAUUAGAGGCGGAUCGGGAAUGCUGAUCACUGGAGAUUCCAUCGUUAGUGCUGAGGCAGUAUGGGAUCACGUCACCAUGGCCAACCGGGAGUUGGCAUUUAAGGCUGGCGACGUCAUCAAAGUCUUGGAUGCUUCCAACAAGGAUUGGUGGUGGGGCCAGAUCGACGAUGAGGAGGGAUGGUUUCCUGCCAGCUUUGUGAGGCUCUGGGUGAACCAGGAGGAUGGGGUGGAGGAAGGGCCCAGUGACGUGCAGAAUGGGCACCUGGACCCCAACUCAGACUGCCUUUGUCUGGGCCGGCCACUACAGAACCGGGACCAGAUGCGGGCCAAUGUCAUCAAUGAGAUCAUGAGCACGGAGCGUCAUUACAUCAAGCACCUCAAGGACAUUUGCGAGGGAUACCUGAAGCAGUGCCGAAAGAGAAGGGACAUGUUCAGUGAUGAGCAGCUGAAGGUCAUCUUUGGAAACAUUGAAGACAUCUACAGAUUUCAGAUGGGCUUUGUGAGAGACCUGGAGAAGCAGUACAACAAUGAUGACCCCCACCUCAGCGAGAUAGGACCCUGCUUCUUAGAGCAUCAAGACGGAUUCUGGAUAUAUUCUGAAUAUUGUAACAACCACCUGGAUGCCUGCAUGGAACUCUCCAAGCUGAUGAAGGACAGCCGCUAUCAGCACUUCUUUGAGGCCUGCCGCCUCUUGCAGCAGAUGAUCGACAUUGCUAUCGAUGGUUUUCUUUUGACUCCAGUACAGAAGAUCUGCAAAUACCCCUUACAAUUGGCCGAGCUCCUAAAGUAUACUGCCCAAGACCACAGUGAUUAUAGAUAUGUCGCAGCUGCUUUAGCUGUCAUGAGAAAUGUGACUCAGCAGAUCAAUGAACGCAAGCGACGCCUGGAGAAUAUUGACAAGAUUGCUCAAUGGCAGGCCUCUGUCCUAGACUGGGAGGGAGAAGACAUCUUAGACAGGAGCUCAGAGCUGAUCUACACUGGAGAGAUGGCCUGGAUCUACCAGCCCUAUGGCCGCAACCAACAGAGAGUCUUCUUCCUGUUUGACCACCAGAUGGUCCUCUGCAAGAAGGACCUAAUCCGGAGAGACAUCCUAUACUACAAGGGGCGCAUUGACAUGGAUAAAUAUGAGGUAAUUGACAUUGAAGAUGGCAGAGAUGAUGACUUUAAUGUCAGCAUGAAAAAUGCUUUCAAGCUUCAUAAUAAGGAAACCGAAGAAGUGCAUCUGUUCUUUGCCAAGAAACUGGAGGAGAAAAUACGUUGGCUUAGAGCUUUCAGAGAAGAGAGGAAAAUGGUACAAGAAGAUGAAAAAAUUGGCUUUGAGAUUUCUGAAAAUCAGAAGAGACAGGCUGCAAUGACUGUGAGAAAAGCCUCUAAACAGAAAGGUGUCAACUCUGCUCGCUCAGUUCCUCCUUCCUAUCCACCACCACAGGACCCGUUAAACCAGGGCCAGUACCUGGUCCCCGAUGGCAUCGCUCCGUCUCAAGUGUUUGAGUUCACUGAACCGAAACGCAGCCAGUCACCAUUCUGGCAAAACUUCAGUAGGUUAACCCCCUUCAAAAAAUAAUACCUAUAGGAAGGCAGAUAAUUUUAAAAUAAAUAAAAU